UAAGAUGAUCCGAUAAAACUUCAAGUCCACGUCUAAUCAAAAGGGGUUCACGAUAAUCCCCAUACAAUGGAAACGGACCGACAGUUAAUUUUCCAUUCAAUCAGGGGGCAGUACUUAUAUCCAUCAGUAAGGGCAGAGACACUAGACCGUUAUCAAAGGGAAGGUUGAACAAUGGGCUUCGUCAGAAAUUUCUGGAAAAAAUUGACUCACACAAAGGCCCUCGACCAUUCAAGUGGGAGAUUGGAGACAGUUUUCUUUGAGUCUAUCUAUAGGAUUACUUAUGUGGCAGGUAUGUCGUCGUCAGACCAUGAUAUGUUCUACUUGAUAUACAGUAAUACCGUCAAGUUGGCCAUAGUACUGCUAGUAUGUGGAGAAAUAUGGUAUGGUUUCACCGAAGCUUCGGGAUUGGAUGAGGUAGCUGCCUCUAUCAACGUCACGGUCAUACAGUAUAUUGCCAUGUACAGAUUUAUGAACAUGAUGUCACACAAGGACUUUUACAAGAAAUUAGCGACGUCUAUGGAAUCCCCUUAUUUCGAUAUAACAACGGAGGAAAGAAAGAAACUGGUGGACUAUUGGUGGCAGACUAACGAGAGAUAUUUAAAGCUCUUGCUUGCUUUGGGAAACUGCACUCUUGCCUUCUGGUUCAUCUUCCCCCUAGUCGACGAUGUGGACUACAACCUUAUAGUGGGAAUCCGGUUGCCACUUAACUACAAAACCCCAUUCCGCUACCCCUUAGCCUACAUAGUUGUGAUGAUAGCCUUCUUCUAUAUCUCCCACUUUGUGAUGAUUACGGACCUCAAGAUGCAGACACAUCUAUUGCAUCUUCUGUGCCAGUUUACCGUGCUGGUGGAUUGCUUCCAGAAUUUGUUGCGAGAUUGUCGGAUUGGGUUUGAAGAUGUAGCGGAAAACAACUUAGUUUACGAAAAACGUUUUGCAGACAAAUACACAAAGCGACUUGGCGACCUCGUGGAACAACACAAACUUAUUUUGAGCAACACAAUGAAUUUGCGCGACACGCUGAGUAGCCCGAUGUUGGGACAGCUGGUUGCGAGCGGCAUACUCAUUUGUUUCAUCGGUUAUCAGGCCACUACGACUAUAGCAGAAAGUCCUUUUCAAGGACUAAUGAGUGCCUUCUUUUUGGGCUACAAUCUUUUUGGUUUCUACAUAAUUUGCCGCUGGGGUGAAGAGAUAACAAAUCAGAGUGAAAAAAUAGGCGAAGCCAUAUACUGUUCAGGAUGGGAAUGCGGCUUAGCCAAGCUGCCUGGAGUACGGUCUACUAUCAUGUACGUGAUAGCCAGAGCCAACAAACCGCUGGUCCUCACCGCGGGAGGGAUGUACAACCUCUCACUCACCUCUUACACUAGUUUGGUGAAAACGUCCUACAGUGCGUUGACCGUAUUGCUUCAAUUUCGACACGAAUAGAACAGAACACAUGCAUUUGCACUAAGAACGCAUUACGUAGAUUUGGUCAUGCAUUUUAUGGAAUUUCUCAUUACACAUUCUUGUUAGAAUUUAGUAUGAAAGACAUCUGGAAAGAGUAAAAGGGACUGUUUUCGACUUAUGUCUUGUGCAAAUAAACUGGUAGUACUUAAAUCAGGAUUCUAUUUCCUAAGAUGUGCUGGAAUUCAUAACUGUGGACUGAAAAGCAAUAUUUCACACAUACUUAUGUACAUUAGUUGAUUUAGUAGCACAUCCGGCAAAACACUAAUAAGUUAUUAUUUCCUGUGCACAGAAUAGAGUAUAAGCUUGAAUGUCAAAUACUUCAAAUAAAUG